AUGGGAUACUGCAUGUCACCUCCUGUCCGAUGGGAUUAUCUGAUGGCUAAUUAUGGACAGAUUGUGAUUAAUAAAGAAGAGGAGCGAUAUCCCCCGCGGGCAGCGGGCGGCGAGCCCACCUUCAGCGGCACCUGCGCCUUCUGGGUUUUGCUGCUCUCGCUAGCGCCGUGCCGCGAGGGGGACGCUCACACGGCGAAAAGCUUUUUGUCACGCCGCCUUUUGCUUUUGGGUGCUGUUUCCUCCUCGUGGAUUGCUCGGGGUGCAGCUAGAGAGGGAUCCGCGCAGCGAAGGCGCUUUCGCGUCGCUGGAGGGAGGAAGCCGCUCCCAAGCGGGCGGAAGAGAGCCGGGUCAGCUCUUCACCCCUGCCUCCGCCCCGUCUCAGGGCCUGUCCCUCCCGGAGGAAACCCGCGCGCUGGGCUGGCGGCGUUGGCCGGGCCUGGCUACGCCUCACCGCGCAACGGUAGUUGCCUCGCGGUGCCUGAGGCGGGCAUCAGGCGGCAGGACGAAUCUUCGAGGCCUGACCUUCGCACUGCUCAGCUGGGGCGGCGCUGGGCCUUCCGAGGGGGCGUUUGCUGCUCAGUGUGCCAUGGUGUGUAUGUUACCAAAUUUAACAACGAGGCAUCGCUGCUUCGGCGGUUUCAGAGUACGUUAGUCAUAGCAGAACACAACAAUGAGUCUCUUACGCCCGUUACACUAAACGUUAUCACUGCGGCAAAACGUCUCGGAGGGGAAGUUUCUUGUUUAGUAGCUGGUACCAGCUGUGACAAGGUAGCACAAGAAGUCAGCAAAGUGCAGGGCGUUGCAAAAGUUCUAGUGGCUCAGCACGAUGCGUACAAAGGAUUUCUACCAGAGGAGCUGACUCCCUUGAUUUUGGCAACUCAAAACCAAUUUAAUUACACGCAUAUUUGCGCUGGAGCAUCUGCCUUUGGGAAGAAUCUUAUUCCCCGAGUGGCGGCUAAACUUAAUGUUGCCCCUGUUUCUGACAUUAUCGAAAUUAAGUCACCAGACACUUUUGUGAGAACUAUCUAUGCAGGAAAUAUUGUCUGCACUGUGAAAUGUGAGGAAAACGUUAAAGUAUUUUCUGUACGAGGAACUUCUUUUGAGGCUGCACCAGUAAGUGGUGGUAGUGCCAGUUUAGAAAAGGUAACGCCUCCACCACCUGUUGGUCUUUCUGAAUGGAUUGAGCAGAAGUUGACACAAAGCGAUCGACCAGAGCUCACUAGUGCAAAAGUGGUUGUAUCGGGUGGUGAGUAGAUCGUAUUAAAACUACAUUACGAUCUUGCGGAUCAAUUGCAUGCUGCAGUUGGAGCUUCCCGUGCAGCUGUCGAUGCUGGCUUUGUUCCUAAUGACUUGCAAGUUGGACAGACGGGCAAAAUAGUAGCACCAGAACUUUAUAUUGCUGUGGGAAUAUCUGGAGCAAUCCAACACUUGGCUGGGAUGAAAGACAGCAAGACCAUAGUUGCUAUUAACAAGGACCCAGAAGCUCCCAUUUUCCAAGUGGCGGACUACGGGCUGGUGGCAGACUUGUUUAAGGUGAGCCGAAACUUGGAGCCGUGCAUGCCGCGAGCGCAAGCAGCGGUGCCAGAUACUACUGCAUAAU